UAGGCGCCUCGGGCCAAACCGCCCCACCGGCACCUGGGAGUCGUAGGCGGGUAAACCCAAAGCCUUCUGGGAAUCGUAGUCCUUUCACCGCUUCCGCGUUUUCUCGGAGCCCGGACUUUCCUGCGCGGGUUCUACUCACGAGAAGCCAACUCCUCCCAGCCCACCCGGAACCCGCCCCGCGAUGCCCGCCCCGCAGUGCUCCUCCUGCCACGCGGCGCGCGCUGCCCUCCGCCGCCCGCGCUCCGGCCAAGCGCUGUGCGGGCCCUGCUUCUGCACCGCCUUCGAGGCCGAGGUGCUGCACACGGUCCUGGCGGGCCGCCUUCUGCCGCCUGGCGCCGUGGUGGCAGUGGGCGCCUCCGGCGGCAAGGACUCCACGGUGCUGGCGCACGUGCUGCGCGAACUAGCGCCGCAACUGGGCGUCUCGCUGCGCCUGGUGGCGGUGGACGAGGGCAUCAGCGGCUACCGGGACGCGGCGCUGGCGGCCGUGCGGCGCCAGGCCGCGCGCUGGGACCUCCCGCUCACCGUCGUGGCCUACGCAGACCUCUUCGGGGGUUGGACGAUGGACGCUGUGGCCCGCAGCACGGCCGGCACCGGCCGCAGCCGCGCCUGCUGCACCUUCUGCGGGGUGCUGCGGCGCCGCGCGCUGGAGGAAGGGGCGCGCCUCGUGGGAGCCACGCACAUUGUCACGGGCCACAACGCCGACGACAUGGCCGAGACCGUGCUCAUGAACUUCCUGCGGGGCGACGCGGGGCGGCUGGCCCGGGGAGGGGGCCUGGGCUCGCGCGGCGAGGGGGGCGCCCUGCCGCGCUGCCGCCCCCUGCAGCUGGCCUCGCAGAAAGAAGUGGUGCUGUACGCGCACUUCCGCCGCCUUGACUACUUCUCCGAGGAGUGUGUCUACGCUCCCGAGGCCUUCCGCGGCCACGCGCGCGAUCUGCUGAAGCUCCUGGAGGCGGCGCGGCCGUCGGUGGCGCUGGACCUGGUGCACUCGGCCGAGCGCCUGGCCCUGGCCCCGGCCGCGCGGCCCCCGCCGCCUGGCGCCUGCUCCCGCUGCGGGGCGCUGGCCAGCCGCUCGCUCUGCCAGGCCUGCGCCCUCCUGGACGGCCUGCAGCGCGGCCAGCCCCGCCUGGCCAUCGGCAAAGGCCGCGGGGGGCGCGACAAGGAGGGGCCGCCAGGGCCACUACCCCCGCCGCCUAGCGACCCCGAGUCUGCGCCAGGCCCCGCCGCCGGGGAGUGCAGGGCAGCCUGUAAGGAGCGCUGCGAAUAAACCCCCUUCUGCCCCGGGCUUCGGUGUCAUGAUGGACGGGACCAGCCAGAAGCUGAGGCUGGGACCCCUGGGUCUGAGGGAGGAGGGGCUGGGACAGGAACUCUUGGAUCUAAAAGAGAAGAGAACUGAACAACUUCCCAUUCCCAACCAGUGGGAAUUAGGGGGCUGCUUACUUAGUACUCUGCCCAGUUCUGGGCAUGCGCAGGGUAGUCCAAACCUUCUUGAGCACCUACUGUGUGUCAGCUCAUUUUUAAAGGGCAUGUUUUCCUUUUGGCAUCAGGUGCAAUUGUGUGAUGCGGCUCAGGGUUUCCACAUCUGGAGAGUUUGGGAACCAGGCCUCUGAGGACGGAAGCCUCACUUGAUUUGGCAGGUGACUUGACUUGACACUUGACUUGGCAGUUGGGCUCUGGUCAUUUCCAGUAACCAUGAUGCUUAUCUCUGAGUGCUGUGAGCCCUGCCACGCCACAAGGUCUCAUUUCAUCCAAACCACACACCAUCUCAUUGGCCUGAAGCCCCCUAACUGCCUGAGGUCACCUAGCUGGAGAAGGACUGGGGGCUCCCAUCCAAAUCCACACCUGGAGCUCAAGACGGUGGACUUGCUCCCCACCCCCACCUGAAUCUUUCCUGGUGUCUCUGUGUGAUGGGUGAGGAGCAGCUGGGUGGGCCAGGGUCAGUGACCUAACCUCUCUGGUCUUUGGUUUUUCCUCCUCUGAAAUGGAAUCACACACACACACACACCCCAUCGAAGCACUGUUGUGAGAAUUAGAAGUGCUCAACACGUGGUGGCCAAGUUCGUCGGUCCUAUUACAUUUUGGCCACCAGGGGGCUUUGGGUUUCAGAUUUGCUACCCCGUGUUUCUAGAAGUGUGUGAGCCCGGGAAGAGCUUCCUGCAUUACCCCUGGGGAGAGACUUGGCAUUCUCAUUUCCCCUCCGAGUUCUGCUGGCUUGGUCGCUUGUCAGGAAUGUCGUCCCUUUGCCAUCUUCCUUCUCAAAUCCUCCAGGGGACUUGUAGAAGCUUCCCUGACUCUCUCUUCUCACCUGCCCAGCCCGGGACAUAAGGCUCUCUUCCCAAGUCCCAGCCCCUGGGGCCUGCCCUCAUGUGUGGCCACCCACACUCUGGUUCUUGUUUUCCCUAACUGGAAUGAGGUUUGAGGGCAGAUCUCCCGCCCCACCAGAUAACCAGCAUCAUUUAUUCAGUAUGUAUGGAAUCCCUAAUGUGUGCAGGGACAUUUCUAGACAUUGUUGAAAAAACAACAAACAAAACCCUCUCGCUCAGGGCUCCUGGCUGGCUUGGUCGGUGGAGCAUGCAGUUCUUGAUAUUGGGGUCGUGAGUUCGAGCCCCACAUUGGGUGUAGAGAUUACCAAAAAUAAAAAAUAAACUUAAAAAAAAAUAAAACCGUCUCACUCAUGGAGCUUCCAGUGUUGUGAGAGGGGGACACUAGACAAAUCAGGAAGCCUGAUGAAGGCUGCUAUGAAUAACAAAGCAGCGUAAGGGAAAGGGGUGUGAGACAGGUGCUAUAUCAGUUGAGGAGGUCAGGAUUUGAGAAAGUGACUUCAACAGAGACCGAAAUAAGGAAGAUUUCUAGCUAUGUUGGAGUAUCUCGGGUCUGAACAACACUACCACUGAGAGCAACUGAAAAGAAAAAAUGGAUCUUUAACAAAGCAAUCUCUUUGAAGACAUCAAAGAGGUACCAAGGUGGCCAGGAUCCCACAGAAGAGGCUCAUAUUUGCUGCAGGGGCUCGUUUCUGCUGAGUAAUGGGCAGAUAGCAUGGGCUAAGAGGCUGGGGAUCUGAGCGGAGCUUUCAACAUUGUGAUGGGACAAGAGACAGUAUUGGAAUCCGGGACUAGUGGGUGGGGAUUCGAGGGGCCAGAAUCGGGGGUGAAGGGAUGAGUAUUGAGGUCAGCCAGACACUAUGUUCAUAUGUUCUCCUGGAGGGUUUCAUGGAACCAGGUUAAUAAAUUGGAUGCUCAGGGUCUCAUAAAAAAUAGAGGCCCGGUAAGCAUCUGUUAGCACCCAAAUAAGGUCACAAAUUAGUAAGGGUCACCUAGGGGCGCCUGUGUUGCUCAGUGGGUUAAGCCUCUUCCUUCA